AUGCGAGUUCCCCUCGAGAUUCUCGAGCUCAUUCUGCAGGAAGCGGUCAAGUGUCUAUCCUACCAGGAGAUUUUACGAUUCAGACUAGUCAACAGUCUCUUCGAUAGAGCGCUAUGGCCAGCGAGUGCGCAUCUACCGAAUGAGAAGUCUCUCUUCACAUCAUGGCACACAUUUCCAUACAAGCGAAAAUACCUGUGGUACUUGAUUGAAGAGCACUAUACCCGGCCAUGUACCUUCUCACAUAUGAUUCAGGGCAUUCUUGAGCUGCCUCGCGUUGCAGGUAUGAGCGUUCAAGAGCAACGUGGCAUCAUCGACAAGAUGAUCGAUGCUUUUAUUCAUAGUGUCCAUGGUCCUGAGGCUCUAUAUGGACUCCACCGUCCCGAAAAUGUUGCUCCCCGGCAGGAACGCUAUUGCACGUCCACUGGACACCAAGGUCCAGCUGAAAACACUCUAAUCGCAGGACUCAUCGUUAGCUCGAUAUACCGAGGGGAUCAUGUGGAGUUGCAGGGUCUUCUUAACCGGUGCGAUUACAGUGGACUUUGGAAUCAGAAUCUUGGCUUAGUGCCGGUCGAUCUGGCAUACAGAGAGGGUACACGAGAGGUCAUUCACACCCUCGUGCAGCAUGGAUGUGUGACAAUGUACACGGGCAAGACAGCCUGGUCAUACGACACCACAUGUGGUUUGGCUGUAGCGGCACGACACGGAGAUAAGCUGUUGCUGGAGACGUGGGUUACGCUGUUGAGCGAGCGUGCGGCCCGCCAUGAACAGAAUUUGUUCUCAGAACUGCGUACGGCCGUACGAGGAGCACUGCGCAUCGGCCGAAUUGAGAUGGCAGCCCUGCUAGAGAAAUAUUUGAAUUGGACAUGGUCGGAUAUGAAGAUGCUCUGGUUUCAAUGUCUCAAUGCGGCUGUCAAGGACGGGAUGUUGGAUGUUGUACAAUGGCUUCUACGUCGGGAAGGGCCUUCUCUCGCGCUGCAGAGCACACAAUGGCACAAAGCCCCGCUGUUUAUUGCACUACAAGAUUGUCCUUUUGAGAAAAGACUAGCAAUGGUCGAGCUCUUACUGGAUCAUGGUGCAAAUCCCGACGGCGGCGUCGGACUCUCACUCACUCCACUUCACAUAGCCAUUGAAAAUGGAGAAGAGGAAGUCGCGAUUUUACUAUUGAAUAGAGGAGCCGACCCAAAUGUGGUGGGGAGAAGAGGCCCGCCGCUACAUAUGGCUACGCAAUGGAGAUACCCAGAGUUGGUGCGAUGCCUUUUGAAACACAAAGCCCAACGCAAUUACCAGUUCAAAGGGAAAAGAUAUUCUGUGUCGCAGGAUACGAAGGUGGUUAGUAACAUCAUGCGAUUACUUGGGGAGCUGGGGUUGGAGGAAGAGCCGGUACAGCAAAAGGAAUAUUAUGUGCUCGGCCAAAAAUGUACUCGUAGAUCAUCCUCUGCCAAGGUUGGUCUUCCAUAG